AUGGAAGACAUGGCACGAUUAGCUUUAGUGGAGCACAAAGUAAGAGACUCCGAUACGUUCUACGAAAUGCUACAAGAACUUCUCCAAUUCAUCAAUCAAAUUUUAGAUAAUCCUCACGAAAAUGAACUGAGAACAAUUAAAAGUCCAAUACUUAGAAUGUGCUAUACCUGUGAGGCAUUCACAGAUUAUCUUAAAUAUAUUGGUCUAGAAAUGGUGCAAAAUGAAUACAUAUAUCCCAAAGAGCAAACUUUAAGUAGACUUAGGAUAUCACAAGCAUGUAUAGAAAGAAAAAUAAGCCUUUGCUGUGGACCGAUUAAGCGUAUUAGAAAUUUACCUUUGGCUGGUAAACACUCACAAAGAAAAAGACUACAAUUAACUCCAUCUUUCAUACAGAUAAAACUUAAACCAAUACUGAUUGAAAUGCGAACAAAAUUCAAUGAUAUGCUAAAAUAUGAAGACGAUGAUCUUCUACAGUUGGCAAGAGAGCAAAUCCCUCUUGUCUCUUUACAAUCAAGGGCUAUAGAAAGAAUAAGAGAACAGCAAAAGAAAAUAAAAACAGGUGAAUCCAAAGAUCCUGACAUGACCUUUGACUUGGCUCUCCUAAUGGAGUUAAUAGGGUGGUUCAAGUAUAAAUACUUCUCAUGGGUAGACAAACCCCCCUGCGACUACUGCGGUGGACCCACACAGUUCAUAUGUUCAUCACCUAUGCAAGGGGAGACUGAGUCAUGUAGCUUAGAGAUAUACAAAUGCAUGAAAUGCACAAAAGGAGCACAUUUUCCACGGUACAACGAUCCGGCGACGCUCCUGCGCACGCGUCGCGGCCGGUGCGGCGAGUGGGCCAACUGCUUCACGCUGUUCUGCCGUGCGCUGGGCUACGAUACACGCUUUGUGUAUGACGACAAGGAUCAUGUGUGGUGUGAGGUAUUCGACUAUGAUACCAAAACCUGGCUACACGUAGACCCCUGCGAGGCGACCAUCAACACUCCCCUUAUGUAUUGCCACGGCUGGGGGAAGACUCUUAGUUAUGUCUUUGCCUUCUCUAGGGACGACGUGCAGGAUGUCACCUGGAGAUACACCGUUGACCAUAAAGAGGUACUAAAGCGUCGUACGGCAGUGAGCGAAGAGGAGCUGUUGGAGACCAUGCUGGCGCUGCGCGCGCACCGCCACGCGCAGCUGCCGCCCGCGCGCCGCCGCUACCUCGCCGUGCGCACCGUGCUCGAGCUCGCAGAACUCAUGCGGGAGAGAAAACCCACGGACUACGAGUCCCGCGGACGUAUAUCCGGGUCCCGGGAGUGGCGCGAAGAGAGAGGGGAGAUCGGGCUCACUCCGGCGGGGCACUCGUUUGACUUCACCAAAGUGGGCAACCACGGGGUCCGGUACUAUACAGCAUUGGACAAGUAUCGGGUCCACACGAAUGGGGCAGAAGUGGACCCGAUCAAUAAGUGGACCAACGGCGUGUACGAGUGCGAGAAUAUUUUCAGGAAGGUGGAGGAGGAUUGGCAUCAGGCGUAUUUAGCUAGGGAAGAAGGAAAGUCGACCGGAUCGAUUUCGUGGCGUUUCGCUGCUAAAGGAAACGAUAUGAUAUUUAAAUCGAUUUCCAUCAGACUAACAUCGGCUUUAUAUGAAAAUGGUUGUAUCGAAUGGACGAUACAGUUCGAUGGUGAAACGUGCAUUCCUGUUGAGUUAGGAGAAGUGGUAACGAUCCACUCGCGCGACUUCACGUGCUGCGUGUUGCGCGCGCGGCUGUCGGGCGGGCGUGGCGACGUGGCGUGGCAGCACGCGCAGCUGUUCCGGCAGCCCCUCAGCUGUGUGGCCAGCGCCUUCGAAGUGCUUCUCCAUUUGAUUAGAAACAAA